AAAGAGGGAAGGAAGAAUCGGGAGGCCGGGUUCCAGUCAAUUCCAACCGAACCGGCCCCGAGUGGCACAUCGUCGACGUGUUAGCUGGUCUUAGCUGUGUGUGUGUGUGUUGGGGGGGGGACAAUGUAAAGAUUUAUACUUUUUGAAACGGCGCUGUUGUUGGAGAGCUCACCGCAAACACAAGCGGGGGAAAGAUGGCGAGGAGGCGCAUCGACACGAUCCUCGCUUUGGCUCUGCUGGGAGUUUUCUUCCUCCAUGUGUCCGUGCAACAACAGCAGGAGGAGGUGGAGGAGGAGGAGGAGGAGGAGAGGUCCUGUCAAGGCGCCUUCGACCUCUAUUUUGUCCUGGACAAAUCCGGAAGUGUGAAGCAUCACUGGAUAGAGAUUUACUCCUUUGUGGAGCAGCUGGCAGAGAAAUUCAUAAGCCCCAUGCUGAGAAUGUCCUUCAUCGUUUUCUCCACACAUGGAAACAUCAUUAUGAGAUUAACUGAGAACAGGAAGGCCAUCACUGGAGGACUGAGAGCUCUCAAAAGUGUGAUUCCUGGAGGAGACACAUUUAUGAAUUUAGGCCUGGAGAUGGCCAAUGCGCAGAUAUAUCAGGAGAGACAAGGGACAGCCAGCGUCAUCAUCGCGCUGACUGAUGGCGAGCUGAAUGAGUGGCAGUUUGACAGGGCUCAGAGAGAGGCUCAGCGUGCCAGGUCUAUGGGCGCCAUUGUUUACUGCGUAGGGGUCAAAGAGUUUAACCAGACCCAGCUUGCAACCAUUGCCGACACUAUGGAACAUGUGUUCCCUGUGUGGGGGGGGUUCCAAGCCCUCAGGGGAAUCAUUGACUCGAUCAUUAAGAAGUCCUGCAUCGAGAUCCUCGCAGCUGAGCCGUCCAGCGUCUGUGCAGGAGAGAGCUUCCAAGUGGUGGUGAGAGGCAACGGUUUUCUUCAAGCCAGAAACAUCGACCAGGUUCUCUGCAGCUUCAAACUCAAUGACACACACACGGUUGAUGAGAGACCGGCCGGUAUCGAGGAUACGUUCCUUCUCUGUCCUGCUCCUGUUGUGGAGGAGGUGGGAAGGGUGAUCUACCUGCAAGUGAGCAUGAACGAGGGCAUCUCCUACAUCAGCAGCUCAGUUCACAUCACGACUACUGAAUGUUUUGACGGCACCAUUGUGCUUAUUUCCCUGCUGGUGGUGUUCUUGCUCUUGGCCCUGCUGCUCCUGUGGUGGUUUUGGCCUCUCUGCUGCACAGUGGUGAUCAAAGAACCUCCUCCUCCGCCUCCUCCAGAACCUGAACCUGAUGAUGAAGAUGGGAUGCCCAAGAAGAGGUGGCCCACAGUGGACGCUUCGUACUAUGGAGGACGAGGAGUGGGUGGCAUCAAACGCAUGGAGGUACGCUGGGGGGAGAAGGGCUCGACCGAGGAGGGGGCUAAGCUGGACAAACCUAAGAAUGCAGUCGUCACAAUGCCAGAACAGGAAUUUGAGCCCUACGAGCCCAAACCUCGCAAACCUACCCGCCGCACCCCUCAGCAGAGGAGGUGGUACACUCCCAUUAAGGGGAAGCUCGAUGCUCUGUGGGCUCUCUUUAGACGAGGCUACGACCAGGUAUCACUCAUGAGACCUCAGCCUGGAGAUCAGGGUCGCUGCAUCCAAUUCCACAGAAUCAAAGACGGCGAUUCCCCCGCAAACAACCGCCAUCCCCACCACCACUUCCCGCCUUCCCCUUCCUCGCCGCUUCCUCCCGCGCCCGCCGCUGAGCAGCGACCUUUGGUCUCAAACUCUGUUCCCCGUAUGAAGCCUCCAUCCAGAGGUCCUCGCACUACGCCUCCAUCACGCACGCCCCCGAACGCAGCGAGACCCCCGCCCGGGCCGCCUCCUUCUCGGGCACCGCCGGGGCCACCGGGACCCCCGCCCUCGAGACCCCCACCCACUCUCUGAUGGGACGCUUUGGGCUCUGUUGCUGGACAGCAAAAAUAUUUAGCCUCAAUUUGUCAAUUAAAAAGAAACAGGAAGUACAGAUAUUUGAAGGCGUUUCGCUUUAGCGACGGGGGCGGGGGGUCGGGGGUGGAGUAUGGAUGUGCAAAGCAUGUGGUAAAAGCUUCCAGGAGAUGUUUUGAAAGUCAACCACCCCAAAUUUAAUUGCUGCAAUUUAGUCCUUUUGUCUUUAACUUCUCGUUGCAACUGCAGGGCAGUUUCUCCAGGCUUUAUUUAUUUGGUGACAUUACAUCAUCAUCAUCACUUUUAAAGGGGAAGGUCUUUUUGUUUUCUACGUGCAAACCCUAAAAAACUCACAUCUAUUUUUCAAUGCAAACGCUGCCUUGUACUUUUACUUCCUUGCCUGUACUUCAUUUACUGACUGAAAUGAUACUUUGUAUUAUUUCUGGAUUAACAACUUGUCUCUUUAAUAAACUUCAUUUGGUUUUUUUAAGUUUUGAUAAGGCCAUG